AUCUCGUAGCCUGCCGGCAGGGAAGCCAUCCUUUGCAAGCUGCGGCGGUGCCAUGGCGUCGGACCGUGGAGAGGUUGACACCUCCCGCGCGUUCCGGUCUGUCAAGGAGGCGGUCGCCGUGUUCGGGGAGCGCAUCCUCGUCAGGGAGGCACAGUUGAGGCCAAAUGGUAUUACCCAUGGCAACCAUCGGGCUGGCAGGGAGGUGAACCUCAAGGCGAACGUCGUCGCCGUUGCCGCCUCGGAUGCGAAGCUUGAGCGGACUGAUGGCGUCAGGGAUUCUGUUGGUCUUCAGCCCAGGGAAAGCUACUCCAAGCCAAGUGUCAGCUUCAAUGCCAAGCAAGAAGGGAGUAGCAGCAACACGAAGACUGCUUCAAACGAACUACCAGUGCCGGUGCCAAGGCCCGUUUCAGAAGACGUGCCAAUGUACUUGGUGCCUUCCUCGCCGCCGUUCUUCGCAUCAUCGCCGUCGCUGGCGAACGACGACGACGAUGAGCAAGCAGAGCGCAAGGAGACCGACCUCAUGGUCAUGAGCACCAUCAAGAAGCUGGAGGAAGAGGCGGCGAGGACGAGGCAGGAGGUGUCGCAGCUCAAGAGGAGGCUGGCCGAGAUGGAGCUGUCCAUGGCGACGCUGAACGCCAAGCUCCACCGCGCACUCUCCAAGGUGGCGCACAUGGAGGCCGACAACGCGGCGGCGGCGCGCGCCAGCAUCGAGAGGGGCCGCAGCGGCGACGUGGCGCUCGCGGUGUGGGCCGAGCGCCGCGCUCCCAGCAGGCCGCAGUUGGGCCACCUGCUGAGGCUCGGCGGGGCCGACAGGGAGGCGGCGGUGAUGAGCGGCGGCGGCGGCGGCGGUCGGACAGUGGCGGUGCCGUCGAGAAGGAAGGUGCAGAAGCAGAAGCCGAUCGUGCCCCUGGUUGUUCCGCUCAUCAAUGGCGUGCUGUUCUCCAAGAAGAGGAGGAUGAAGGACAAGGAGAGCGUGUACAUGAAGGAGCUUUACAGCUUGCUUAGGCUGAGUUGAUCACUGCCCACCAUGCUAAAUCUGUGGAUAAACAAUGCACAUGAAGUUGUAUUUACCAACUAAUUCUAAAAUUGUCUUCUUAGUUUCUGUGACUAUACUUACGCGAGUGGAGUGUGACUGUGUGAGGAUGCAAUUUGUAAAUUAAUAUAAAUCUGCACUAGUGUUAUUUCCAUUCAGCUUCAGCUUAUAAGCCGGCUGAAAAGCUGAAACGGCUGAUUUGUUGUGAGAGAAAAACACUGUUUGGUGGCUGAUAAGCCGACUGAAUAAGCUGAAUCGAACAGGCCGAAGAAUUCAUAGAGCAAUAGUUGUAAUGCAGGCACUUAUUUGCAAAUUAAUAAAUCUUAUUGCUUGAAAUGCA